UUCGCACGAAAAUCACAUCCGCCGAUUAUAUGCCGAAAAAUUCAAUUCCACGUUAUUUAAGGCACUUUGAAAUUGACACCGCAAAUCAUCUUCAGCGCGUCUCGCGAUGGUGAAAGUACGUGAAGUGGCUGUGAUUCUGUUCUCGUGCAUUCUGGGAACUUUCGCGGACAUUGUGGACUGCGAAGGACCACCGUCAAUGCUCGCGAGCCCGGAAAACUGCUGUCAAUUGCCGCAAUUCUUCCCGGACGACGUCCUGAAGAUGUGCUCAGACAACUACUCCAAAGUGGAAUAUCAGCCGCCAAGAAAGGCUCCAAGGGCGCCGCCUCUCCCAGCGCCGCUCCUCAAAUCCAUCACCGCGAUCAUCCCUCGAGGAUGCUGCGUCUUUGAAUGCGCCUUCAACGCCACUGGAAUCAAUCCCAGCGGCGGCCUGGACAUGACGGACAUCCCCAAUUACUUCACGGGCAUCGCGCAGAGCAACGCGGCCUGGCAAGACACCAUGAUUGACGCCCUUGAGUUCUGCGUGCGCGACACGCACAGCAAAUUGCCCGGCUUCAUGGCAAUCGGCAACAUGCCGCCGAACAUCUCUGGCCAGAAGUACUGCAACCCAAUGGCGGGAUACCUCGUGGGCUGUCUGCACUCCUUCCUCUUCCAGCACUGCCCCGAGAGCCUGUGGCAGCAGUCUGCCGAGUGCCGCGAGCUGCGAACGUAUCAGGAAAAGUGCCCUCUUCCUUUCGGCGUCAACGUGCAGUAAAAUGAGUGAAUAAAUAUUGCAGCGCAGAAGUUGUUCUUUUGAAAAUCAACAAGUUGCGAGCAAAGUUCUCCCACUUAACAAGCACACGUCGAGACCCCCGUGCUAACAAUGAGCAUUCUGAUUGAAAUGUGUCCCAGAAACAAGUCUCUGGCAUUUUAUGUACACGCAGAACAAUG